CUUCAAUCUGCAUAGAAAAAACACGACUCCCUCAGAACCUUACGCGUACCGAAAUGAGUGAAAAUAUUAAAUAUUUGGCUGCAGAGAUACAUUCGGGUUGUGAUAGUGAUUUUGAAAUAAUAAACACCUCAGAUAGCGAAGGAGAGAACGGGGCUGGUUACCAGAGAUUAAAGGCUAAAGCCGGGUCAGCAUUGGAGCUGAAAAGUGAUGAAGGGAAGGCACUGGAUUGCGAGGACCAAGAACUUGGUUCCAUACUCCAAAACAGUAAAUCAGACAAACUAAUUCUGAGCCUUUCUCAAGAACAAAUCUAUCUUCUAACGAAUACAACAAAUAGCAGGAGUGAAUCCUUGGAGACAGUCAGAAAAUCCAGAUCCUCCACAUUCUCCAAUGCAUUUAGUGUGGUACCAAUAAAAAUACAAGAAAACCCGGGUCCUAGCCAAAAACCUCAUUUACCAGAGAUUGUGCUAACUUCAUUUGAAAACAGCCCGAAGGAUCGCAAUGUUCGAUUGCAAGUCAGUGAUCGGAUUGAUAACCCUGAAAGAUUGUUUGAAAAGAAUUUGGCUGGUCCAUCUGAGUCUGAGAGAAAGGUUAGUUACGAGCCUAACCAGCCUCUUGGCAAUGGAUUAUUCAGAGCUGAGAGGGAUUUGGUGACUCCAAUAAAGCCAUUGGAAUUAAACAAGCCUUCCACAUAUCGGGGUUCACCAUUUGAUAUCGGCGUCCAUCGAUCAAGUGAAUCUGGACUAGGCAUCUGUCAAAGUGAUUUGGAUCAUGAUAAUCAUGAUCAACACGGAUAUGGUGAUUCGAUUCCAAGUGACUUAAGAUGUCGAAUAUGCGAUAAUGUUUUCAAGGAUCCUAGGACGCUUAAUUGUUUGCAUUCGUUCUGUUUGCAGUGCUUGAUAAACGAAAAUUUUGGACAGGACUCAUCGAUUCCUUUUUGGUCCGGUCCAGAAGGAAUAAACUAUGAAUGGAAGGGAAACUCUGACACAUAUCCGACAUCAAACUCCAGCUCCAAUCAAGGCUCCGACUCUCCAACACCCCUGAGAUCCGAUAGUCGAUCGUCUACAGGAAGCAGUAAGAAAACUGAGAAAAGUUCAAAAUCGGCAAAGAAAACCAUUCGAAGCGAUUCGGCAGCCGUAAGCCGAUCUGAUGCUGUUGAGAAACUGAAAACUUUAAUCUGCUUAAUUUGCAAGUACUGUACAGAGAUGCCUCUGGGUGGUAUCAUCCAGCUUCCACAGAAUUAUAUCUUAGUCCGGAAAAUCGAGAACUACUUUGUUUCGGUUAGAGAAAAUGGGAUUGCGAGCAUGUGGUGCAAUUUAUGCUGCGAUGCCGUCACGGCAACACAUCAUUGCAUGACAUGCUCCAUUAAUCUAUGUGGGUUCUGUAAGGAAGCACACGAACGGCAGAGAUCCACCGCUCACCAUAAUAUCAGUAGCAUGCUGGAGCUCCAGAAAUCCAAAGAGAUGAACAAAGGCUACUCAAAUAGUCUAAAACCAAACCUGAAGUGUUCCAUGCAUCCUGGCUUCGAAAUGAAACUGUUCUGUUUGACCUGUCAGCAAAUAAUCUGCUCCGACUGCAAUAUCCUUCUCCAUAAAGGACACAAAGUCGACACUGUACGAAAAGUGAUUAAAACAUACCAAAAGUUGCUGAAGGAAUCUACUGAUAAAGCUAAACCAAUUUGUGAAUACGCCAAUCAUUCUAUUUCAAAACUUGCAACGAUAUCAAAGAAAAUCAAUGAGAAAUGCGAUCAAGUGCAACAGGAAGUGGAACUGCAUAUGGCAGCAUAUUUCGAAGCGUUAGAGGUUCAUCGAAAUACUUUAUUGCAACAGAUUGCUCGUGCCCGGGAGACGAAGAUGCAAAUGAUAUUAGAGCAACAAUUUGACUUGGAAAAACGUUCUUCACAUGCGAAAGCUGUUGUUGAAUUUAGCGAGGAGCUGAUUUCCAUCGGAAGUGAUGCAGAAAUCUUAUCUUUCGUCAACGUACUUUUGAAAAGAUUUGAUUUUUGUUACAAAUAUAAACCGUUGUUGGAUUCAAAGAUUUCAGAUACUUUGCACUUUUUACCAGAAGUGAGAGCUCCAUCAACGAAGGCCCAAAAUAAUAUUCCAAUGUAUGGAAUAAUAACUACGCAAACGGUUGAACCCAGUUAUUGUACAUUGGAAACGGAAGGAUAUGACCAGUUACGAGUCCACAGAAAAGCGGAACUUGUGAUUUUAUCUCGGGACAAUGAUGGAAUGCCUCUAUGCCACGGUGGACUUACAAUAACUGCAAUUUUGAAAUAUAAAGAUUCAUCCGCCAGACCACUACCCUUCCAAAUAAGCGAUCGAAGAGAUGGUUCCUAUGUAAUAUCAUUUACUCCGGAUUCAACUGGAACUUUGGUUCUAUCGGUUACAAUAAAAAACAAACACAUCAAAGGCAGUCCAUUCACCUUAAGGGCUAAAUCCUUGCGUCCACAUACUGGUAUUUUUCAUUGCUGUGCAUUCUGCUCGAGCAAAGGAUCCAAAGCAGCAACUUGUGCUUGUGAUGGUAUAAUGCAAGGAUUCAAAGGUUGCGGUCACGGACAUGCUGGACAUCCUGGUAGAAGGCAUUGGUCAUGCUGUGCAAGUGUACUAGAGAAUUCUGAAUGUACAACGGCUAAUAAGUUGUUAAAUUAAUUGUCUAUGUUUAUACGUAACUGUGAUAUAAGGACAUGCCCUGAAAAUAAAGUGUAUCAAU